ACACACACACACACAGAGGUAAUCUCACAGAAAAAAGAGGGGCAAUACAAAACGAGUGUGUGUUUGUGUGUUGGGAAUUUCUGUGUUGACUAUGGUGUGAAAAGCAGUGUGUCUGCCCGGCCUGCAUGGGACGGUCGGCCGGUGCUGAACUGGUUAUGGACUGGUUCAACCAAAGCAGAGGUGCUGAUAUUUGCUGAAGAUGAGUAGUGGGGGUGGAAACACCCCGGAGACCCCAAGAGGGGGAGAAUCUCUGAAGAGGAAGGACUGUCAAUCAGACCUCCUGGGUCCCAGCCCUAAGAGGAGUACUGAGAGGAGAAACCGGGAGCAGGAGAACAAGUACAUAGAGGAGCUGGCCGAGCUGAUCUUCGCCAACAUCAACGACAUGGACGACCUCAACGUCAAGCCGGACAAAUGUGCCAUCCUCAAAGAGACGGUGAAGCAGAUCAGACAGAUCAAGGAGCAGGAAAAAGCUCCAGUGGCUGAUGCUGAGGAGGUGCAGAAGGCUGACAUCUCCUCCACAGGACAGGGUGUCAUUGAUAAAGACACCCUUGGGCCCAUGAUGCUGGAGGCCCUGGACGGCUUCUUUUUCGUGGUCAACAUGGAGGGCAACAUAGUGUUUGUCUCGGAGAACGUCAGCCAGUACUUGCAUUACCAGCAGGAGGAGCUGAUGAGCACUAGUGUCUACAGCGUGCUGCAUGUCGGAGAUCACGCCGAGUUCGUCAAGAACCUCCUGCCCAAAAGCCUGGUCAAUCAUCGCAGCAGUGAUUCGUCGAACAGGAACAGCCAUACCUUCAACUGUCGUAUGUUGGUCAAUCCUCAUGCCGACGGUGAAGCCCGGCCGGCGUCUGACCAGCAGGACCUGUCGCAGCAGAAGUACGAAACCAUGCAGUGUUUUGCUGUUUCCGAACCCAAGUCUAUCAAGGAAGAGGGGGAAGAUUUCCAGUCAUGUCUCAUCUGUGUGGCGAGAAGAGUCCCCGUCAAAGAGAGACCCGCGAUGCCCACGUACGAGAGCUUCACCACUCGACAGGACCUCCAAGGUAAAAUCACUUCCCUGGACACCAGUCUGCUCCGUGCGUCCAUGAAGCCGGGCUGGGAGGACCUGGUCCGGCGUUGCAUUCAGAGGUUUCACUUGCAGAAUGAUGGGGAGAUAUCCUUCGCCAAGAAACACCACCAAGAAGUGUUGAGGAACGGCCAAGCGCUCAGCCCUCAGUACAGAUUCUCCCUGGCAGACGGCACCAUCGUCUCCGCUCACACCAAGAGCAAGCUGGUCCGAUCUACAGCCACCAACGAACCCCAGCUCUACAUGUCCAUGCACAUCCUGCAGAGGGAGAACAUGGGCAUCAUGACCGCAGACAUGCCUGGCGGCCAGGGCAUGGCCAAGCCGAUGACCCCAACCAGUGUGGGUGGCCCCUCCCCUUCCCCUGAUGCCAGUGUCACCAGCAACACCCGCCACUCCACAAUGGCCUCCAGUGCCCCUGGUCGUGGUUUUGCUGUAUCGGGUCGGGCGCCCACGCCUCAGGGAAACAGUCACGCACUCAAGCUGGGCAGCCCUUCAGCACAAGGAAGCCCCAGCAUCACCUCAGGAGCACAGGGUGCCAUGUUGUCUCCUCGUCAUCGCCAAAGCCCCAGCAUGGUGGCUAGCAGCAGCAGCUGUAGCAGCCCUCACCUCCCCCAACACCCCACUGGUUCUUUCUCUCCUGCAGCCGGCCUCCACUCGCCAGCAUCUGUUUGCAGCAGUACGGGAAAUGGCCAAGGGUUCAACUCCCUUAGUGCACUGCAGGCCCUCAGCCAGGGCCACAGGGUUCCCCAGGGUAUCACUGAGGGGCAGCAUCCAGAGUCACCUGACAGAAAGCCGACUGGCCUUCAGAGCCCUCUUCACAGCAGCAGCACCAGUAGCCAACAAGCCAAGAACAACUCCAGUUUAGAGGCUGACUUAUUUGGAACUUUUCAGCAAGACUUUUUGUCAUCACACAACCAGGAGGGUGAACAGGGAGAGAGGAAAGACAAUGACUCUGAAAGCUUUGGAGGUGAUGGAAGCUUAGGGGAGCUCGGCGAUGCCUCAAAUCGCCUUCUGAACACAAAAGGGCACACUAAGCUGCUCCAGCUUCUCACCACCAAGUUAGAACCCUCUGAUCCCUGCUCAUCACCCCCUCUGGGGGAUGACCUGGACAGUAAGGACCAGCUGGGUGGUAUUGGGGGUGUGGGUGGGGCUGGGCAUAACAACCACUCCACCUCAUUAAAGGAGAAACACAAAAUUCUCCACAGGUUGCUGCAGAACAGCACUUCACCUGUGGAGUUGGCCAAGCUAACAGCUGAGGCAACCGGAAAAGACCCAAUUGGUCCAGAGUCAGCUGCAGGGGACAACAUGGCCGCUCUAGGUCAACUCUGCCCCAAACAGGAGCCAGGCAGCCCCAAAAAGAAGGACAAUGCGUUGCUUCGCUAUCUGUUGGAUAGGGAUGAUAACAGCAUCCUGGAUAAAGCCAUCGAGAUGGAGCCUUGUGACGGACCCAAGCUGUCCAACAUUAAGACAGAGAAACAGGAAGAGGGUUUCAACAUGACGGACCAGACCUGUGAGUUGGAGGACCUGUUGGCGGACCUGCAAAGUGGCGGCCAGCAGCAACUGUUCGUGGGCCAGCCACCAGUCAGAAGGCCAGCCUCCUCUUCGUCGUCCUCUUCCUCUGGGCUGCCUGGUUCCUCUGUGGACAAACAGACCAUCAUCACCAACAUCCUGCAGAUGACAGACAGCAGCAGCAGCAGCAGCAGCAACCCCCCCAACCAGCACAGAGCCUUCCCUCCCAUCAGCCCUCCAACAGACUUUAAUGGCACCAGGCCGGGCCAACCGGGUCGAGGUGUUCCUCCAGUCAGGAGCACGUCUCUGGACAGCAAUAUGGGCCCCAACCCCAGCGCUGGCAGGCCAUUUCCUCCUCAGCACAGGAACAACAGCCCCUACUCUUUACUGCAGCAGCAACAACAGCAGCAAGGCAUGAUGGGAACCCACGCAGGCAUAGCCAACCAGGCUGCAAUGGCCAAUCCAGGCAUGCUGAAUAACGGGUCAUUGCGAGCCUCCAUGCAGCAGGGCUGGGGUCCCCAGGGGCCCAUAGGGGAAACUGCAGGGCCGAUGAUAGGCCAGGGGGUUGGACCUGGUCGCAUGGUCCCCAACAUGAACACUGUGCUGCCCACAAGAGGACCGCCUGGAUCCAGAGCCAUGGUCAACAUACAAAUGAUGGGCAACGAGAUGCAGAUGGCAAACCCCGCCUACCCUCAGCAACAUGCUCCUCCCAAUCAGACUGCACCAUGGCCUGACCGAAUGAUAGCUAUGGAUCACUAUGGAAACCAAAGCAGGCCUCCAUACGGUGUCCCGUUGGGGGACAGGAUGGGGUGUUGUGGCACAGGGCCUGAGGGCCAGCCAGAUGAAGGAGCCCUGCUGAACCAGCUGUGCUCGGUGUUGAAGGACUAUGAGGGUCUGGAGGAAAUCGACAAGAUGCUGGGAAUCCCAACACUGGCUGGACAGGGUCCUCUGUCAGACCAGGACCAGUACCUCAGCUCCUCGGACCCAGCGGCCGGCAUAAAGCCUCUCCUCUACAGUCAACACUACGGUGGCCAGCCAGGUUAUGGUGCCAUGUCUACUGAUGGUGGGUUCCCCUCUAUGGGUGGCCACAUGGGCCAACAGAGGAUGCCGCCUGCUGGUUACCCCCCAAUGAUGAGGAUGCCUGGGAGCGUAGGGCCCAGACCGGUUGGGAUGAGGCCGGGGGGGCCUAAUCCAGGAGUACCACCUCAGCCCAACAACCUGAGGCUCCAGCUGCAGCACAGGCUCCAGGCCCAGCUGAACCGCCAGCCAAUGGUGAACCAGAUGAGUGGAGUGUCUAAUAUGAAUCUACCUCUAAGGUCUAAUGUACCAAACCAGGGAACCCUGAACUCUCAGAUGAUGGCCCAGCGUCAGCGCGAGCUCCUCAGCAACCACUUACGCCAACGCCAACAGCAACAGCAACAGCAACAACACGUGCACCAGCAGCGUGCCAUGAUGUUGCGGACUCAGGGCAUCAAUAUGCCGCCUAACAUGCCGAGUGGGGGCGCCGCUCCCACGCCGAUGCCCAUAGGAGGCACCAACCCACGGCUCCCGCAGGGCAAACCGCAGCAGUUCCCCUACCAGGCCACCAGCUACGGUACCGGCCUGCCCUCUCCUCCUCCUCCUCCACCUCCUCACCCCAGCACCUCCAGCCCCUUCUCCUCCCCUCUCUCCCCCAGCCAUCAUCUGGCUAGCCAGGGCAUGAUGGGAAAUGUAGGCGGGCAGUACAGCGGGGUAAUGAGUCCGCCGUCACAGCACAGUGCCUUCCAGUACAGCAGUUCAGGAAUGAGCCAGCAGCAGCAACACCAGGACCCCGUGGCAGGUUUUCCAUGUGGGGCUGCAACCCCGCAGAGCCCCCUACUGUCUCCUAGGAUGGGGCAAGGUCAAAGCCCCAUGCUGCAGCAGCACCAGGGCCAAACCCAGCCCCAGGGUCCGACCCAGGGAGGACCACCGGCCUACCAGGCGAGCACCGACCUCAACGGAUGGCCCCAGCCUGCCAACAUCUCCACCAGCAACAGUGUGUACCCCCAACAGUCCCAGUCCCAGUACUCCACACAGCCCAACGGAGGAAUGUACAGCAGCAACAACAAUGUGAACCUCAGAGUGAACCCGAUGUCAGGACAGAUGAGCUCCAUGGCUUCUAUGAAUACAGAGCAGGUGAGUGACAGCAGCCUGAUCCUGGGGCAGCUGGCUGGAAUUGACAUGUUGACACAAGAUGGUGAACCCAGUUCUAAUUUCUGCUGACCCCAGCCGUGGCUGAGACAAGGUAACACAGGAGCCCAUGCAAAAACACUCACACCAACACUGCUCAGCUCAUGGGGAAGCAUCAAGAAAUUGAGGACACCUGAUGGAAACACUGCUCCCUGUGCCACGCCAGCCAGCUCAGAGGCACUAUAGCGAGAGAACAACCACGACAUGUAAAACCUUCUGAACUGCAUUCACUCCAGUGUGGCUUACAUCACACUGCUUUACCGUGUUAUGCAUGAAGUCAGAGGUCAUUGGAAAAUUUCCAUCUGAACCAUCCUGACAGCAAACGCACAAUAGGACAAUACAAGAAUCACAAAAAUAAUAUUGUGUCACUGUUGAUUCAGGGUUUUGUGGGAAACCUUGUGUUUUACUUUCAUCCAACACAUUUAACAAUACGUGUUUAUAUUUAUCUGUAUACUUAAAACCUGGUAUUCAGAAAAUCAAAUCAAGGCUGUUACAAAAACAAAAGUAAUAUGCCUGAUAAAUUCAAACAUAUUGUACAUUUCCGCCGAAUCAUUCAUCGGUGCAACAUAAUCAGGCUCUAUACUCUUCACUCUGAUGCUGUGAGUUUCCCUUUUUGACAGAAAUGCUGUUUUCAGACUCCACUUUGCUGCGCUUUCUGGAUGUGAAGGUACUGUUAGUAUAACUCAACACUUCCAGAAGAUGAUUUACAGUAAACACCUUUAAGGAAAGGGAGGGAGUAUGCCCCCUGAACUGAUUGGAAAGCUUUAAAUAUGAAAUAGACACAGGAAGUGUUGCAAGGAAGCAGCCAUGGCAAACUAAUAUGGAUUAUGGAUAUAUAGUUAUUAGCCCCGGGUUCUACACACAGGCCCACACACGCAGUGUUUGCUGAUAGGAUGCUCUGGUCAGAUGAAUGUAUUCUUAAAGUGUUCCCACUGAAAACACACACCUCUAAUCCUCUCAAGUCUCUGAAGCUGUAUAUUUGUGAUAUGGCACAUUUUCUAUGUGCUUACUUGUGUGUGAAGCUCAAACAAAGUGUCUCACAGUUUGACACUGGAGAAAUGAAUGUUUGACUAGCGUGAACAAAACCUCUGGAUUUCCUCUAUUAUGGUUAUAUUUCAGAGCCUGACUGAAAACGUCAAAUGAGAUGGUUUAUGAAAAAUAUUUCACAGGUAUUUAUAGUUUUGAAGUUUUAGAGAUUCUUUGUAUGACACAAAAAAUCAAGGAUAUCUUUCUUUAAGAGAAUCUUUAAAAAUGGUGCAUUUUAAUGUCGAUUAUAAAAUUAAUAUAUUUCAACUGCUGUAGUUACAGGGGAGCUGUAUCCCUAUGUACUGACUUUUUGAAUGAAGGGCCAAUGUGUAUAGAUAUGUACAUACUUAGAUUUAUAAUUCCCCUUUUCAACCUAUGUGGUAUUGCAAAGCAGCAGUUUGGAGUUCCAGUGCAAGAGUCACUUCUCAGAGAGCAGAAACAUUGGUUAAAAUAAACCCCAGUGGGUGGAGCUAAAGAGCAACAAGACAACAAAAGUGCAAGUCAGCUAAUUGGCUAACUACAACGGGGGAAAAAAGGCACUCUUGGCAAAAUGUAAACAAAAUAUCUAAAUAGCAUGUACUUAUUUUCACAUGCUCGGGCGCACAGUACAACUUGACACGCCUGCUACAUGACACAUCCUCGAAACAGUCGCAGCUUGGUUAGUUUGGCUUAAAUUAAUCCAGGAAGUUAUUUCAGGGGGCGUGUCGUGUAGUAAAGAGGGCCUGUAGCCUGUGAGACUGCAGAUGGACCCUUCUCAUCCUAGUAGCGGCUGGAUGUCGAUGCCAGUCAUGGAUUGCCGUGACACUUGCUACAGACAUUCCUAAUUUCCCUACCUGAACUGUAAUAACUUUAAUCCCCCUCACUUUUCAUCCAGCACCAUCAUCAGGUCAAAAGUUUGGUUUGUGUUUUGUUCGGUUUAUGAGUAAAUACCUGCAAAACUAUUGCCAUUAGCCUCAGCGGUACUAUUUUAGUGCUCAUCGGGAAAUGUUAACUAGAUGAUAAACGUGCUAAACAUUAUACCUGCUUAACAUCAGCAUGUUAAUGUUAUUGUUUUACUGUAGCCAUGUUAUACUGACUUUCAGUCCGCCCAUUCAGAUUUAACUAAUGUAAUUAUUGCUGCCUCUAAAAAAUAUGUGUACAAGUAAUAAAACUCCAUGCUACUGCGAUUCUUUUUAAAAUUACUCUUUCUGGUUGCGAUGUACUGGCCUGCAGGAGAUGCUCUUGCUUUGAAGGCAUUUAGCUGAAGCCCUCUUUCACGCUGAAGGGCAAAAAGUCAAAAGGUCCGAAGUGUAUUGAGUCUUUCUGCGGGUGAAACUGUGCCCUUUGAAUGAUCUAACUACUCUAUGUGAGAAAUUAACAAUAAAACUAGGACGUGAAUAUUGCACCCAGGAUAAAGUCUGCCAUGGUCCCUACAAACCGAUUAAUAAUGCUAAAUUAGAGAGCACGUGGGUGACUCAGAACCUUUAGAAUCCAAAGUUAAAUGGACUUUUACAGACUGGACUGGCAUUUGGGGAAUAGUUUCAUCAAAUGAAUUUGAAAGGUGCUCUCAUUAGGUGCUGUCUCAUAUACUUUUUUGAAUCCCUCUUUCUCAAAUUCAGAUGGUCCAGACAUCUGUUAAGCACACACUGUAACAACGAUGUAAGAUUACUUUUGUUCCCAAAAGAAGAAUGUGAAAAUGCAAACUGAAACUGCAAAAUGAAAUGGUGAAAACUAUUUUUUUUUUUUUCGAACAUUUUGCAUUGAACCCCCUCAGCUUUCAGUACAGUGAAUUAUACUCCAGUGUACUAGCAUAUUGUAUUGCAAACUCUCUGCAAAGGUUCAAGGCAAUCAAGAGCGAAUGUAAACGCUCAUGUACAGUGACUCCUAAUGUAUGAGGUAAAGGUGAAUUAUUUUCUCUUGAUUUUGACUGAAACAGUACACAUAUAUUAUUGAAGACUUUUCUUAAUUCAUAGAUGGAUAUUUUAUCAAUUGCAAAAUACUGUAAUUCAUGUAAGUACCUUAAGAUGCUAAAGAGAAAAGCAUAAUGCCUUAGAUCUGUGAUUCUCUGUCUGGUAUAUAAGUGUAUAUAACAGGUGGAUUAUAUGUGUCACAUACUGCUGAGUGAGUGUUUUUCCACUUCAUAUUGUAGGAGUAAUAAUUAGACAACUAGGAUUUUUUAUAUUUUCUCCCAAGAAGUGACAUUGAAAAACCUGUGUAUCAACUCAUGGAAAUUACAAUAAUACUGUUAGCGUUUGUAAUCAAUGUGCAAAAAUUGCAAAUGAUUUUGUUUGUAGUUACACUGUAUGUUAGUGCACAACGCAUCAGAGAGAAUGGCCCUCACUAACACAGUGUUUUUUUGUUUGGUUAAGUAAUCUUGGACCUUAGCUGAUCUUUGUUGGUGACCUGUUUGUUUUCGGGGCUCAGGGUUGCGGUGUGUUUUGUGAUUUUUAUCACCGGGUGGCACCCGAGUUGGAAGUGUUCUAAUCCUACAUGUGGUGGCUUUAAGAUCAUGCUUGUGGUAAUGAUCUGCAUAAAACAACAAUGAGGUCCAGCAGUCAUCACCUGGAUAUUUAAUUAAAGCAUUCCUUCUACAACAGUGGGCAGGGAGGUAGUGUUUAAGACAACCAGGUCAGAAGGUUUAGAUUUAACGUGCUAAAAAUCUUAGAAACGGGUAAAUUAUUUAUCACGUAAAGCUGAAAACAUACUCCCUGACCCUUUUGGAAUAUUUUCUGAGACAUAAUACACACACAAUAAAAUAUUACUCUCUGAGUUUAAUUUCUAAAUCAUCCUCUAAAUUAUCUCUGAUGUUCAUAUUAAAUAUCUCAGCGGUGACAGUCCAGUACAUACAGUGUAAUUCAGAGUGUGAGAGUUUUUAUUAUGCAAAAGUCCUGACGUUCACACCACUUUAUGCAAGCUGUCCACUAAUUUUGCUUUUGCCAAUGCUGCUUGUUAAUUUAUGAUUCAUGCCACUGUAAAUAAAUUAUUUUUAUUGAGCA